AUGACGAACAAGAGUUACCUCGCCUUUCUCGACAACGGCGCCGCUUCCGAUAUGCUCUCACGCUCAAAUGUCCCGGGCCUGUCGGCCUUGCCCAGUCUUAUUCCCCACCGCGUCCGCCGCAAGUGGAGGGCCACCAAGUCGCGUAUACGCAGUCGCCAGACGCCAACAUCAUCCAUUGCCUCGCUCGAGACGUCCUUUUCCCCCUCGGACACGCUGCGCUCGCUGCGCACCCAUUCGUGGUCAAUAUACGAUGCUCAGUACCUGUUUCUGGCUAUUGUCGCCAUCUUCUCCCUCUCCGUGAGCGAGGCGCCGGGCCCGUUUGCAAAGACGUUUAUCGCGACGCUGCUUAUGACUGGCCUCUGCCUGCCCAUCACCCGCCAAUUCUUGCUCCCAUUGCUUCCCACACUUACCUGGCUAUUUCUCUUCUCUAGCUGCAAAUACAUUUCCGCAGACUACCGCCCUGCUAUCUGGGUUCGCGUGCUUCCCGCCCUCGAGAACAUCCUCUACGGUGCCAACCUGAGCAACAUCUUGUCCGCCCAUAAGCACACCGUUCUUGACAUUCUUGCCUGGUUGCCUUACGGUGUCGUACAUUAUGUCUCGCCUGUUAUCGUCAGCGCAUGCAUGUUCAUUUGGGGUCCUCCUGGCACCCUUCCCAUCUGGGCUCGUGCUUUCGGCUACAUGAACAUCACAGCUGUGCUGAUUCAGAUCGUCUUCCCAUGCUCCCCGCCAUGGUACGAGAACUCGUACGGAUUGGCCCCCGCCAACUACAGCAUUCCCGGAGAUGCUGCAGGUCUCAAGGCCAUUGACAAGCUCACUGGCAUCGACAUCUACACCUCGACCUUCCUCGCCUCGCCCAUGGUCUUUGGCGCUUUCCCCUCCCUGCACUCAGGAUGGGCCACUCUCGAGACGUUGUUUAUGGGACACGUUUUCCCCAAGCUGUUCCCCGUCUACGUUGGCUACACCAUGUGGCUGUGGUGGUCGACCAUGUACUUUUCCCACCACUACGCCGUUGACCUGGUCGCUGGCAGUCUGCUUGCCGGUAUCUGCUACUUCUUCGGCCGAGCCAAGUUUCUCCCCCGCCCGCAAUCUGACAAAGAGUUCCGUUGGGACUACGACUACGUCGAGGUCGGCGACCCCAUGGACGGUGCUGGCUACAACAUGCUCGACAUCUACGAGGAAUUCCAGCCUCACUCGGAUUCGGACGACUGGGCCAGUGGCUCAUCGUCAUCCUACUCCACUGGUGGACGAAGCCCGGUCGGCGCUCGAUCGCCCACCGACGACAGCCAAAGCCUCUGGGAAGGCGACACCGUUGGGUCCGAUACGGAACACACGGUCCGCAAGGAUUAA